CCCCCAUGCUGGACGCCAGCCUUUAAAAGAGACACAUGUUUGCUUUGAAUACACACGCUGAUUGAGACAGAGAGCGGCUACUGACUAACACACAGUCAUCAUGUCCACUGGUGGAGAGAAGUCCAAGCCUGCCUCCCAGCCUGAUGGGAAGGCUGCUCAUACUCAGAAGAGAACCGAGAUGGGCGUGGGAAACUACAAGAUGUAUGUGUAUGAUCAGGAGAACUUUCAGGGCCGCAUGAUGGAGAUCUCCAACGAGUGCAUGAACGUGUGUGAAAUGGGCAUGGAUAGAGUGCGUUCCCUCCGCGUGGAGUGCGGCCCUUGGGUGGGUUGGGAGCAGAUGAACUUCUGUGGAGAGAUGUACAUCUUGGAGAAGGGUGAGUACCCCCGCUGGGACUGCUGGAGCAACUGCCACAGGAACGACUACCUGCUGUCCUUCAGACCUGUCAGAAUGGACCCAGAAAAGCAUAAGAUCUGUCUUUAUGAAGUUGGUGAUUUCAAGGGUCGUAAGAUGGAGAUUAUGGAUGACGAUGUUCCCAGUAUGUACACCUUCGGCUUUACCGACCGCGUCGGCAGCAUCAUGGUCAGCUGUGGCACUUGGGUGGGCUACCAGUAUCCUGGUUACCGUGGCAGCCAGUACCUGCUGGAGAAGGGCGACUACCGUCACUUUAAUGAGUACGGCGCCCGUCAUCCCCAGUUUCAGUCCGUCAGGCGCAUCCGGGACAUGCAGUGGCACCCAGAUGGCUGCUACACUAUGGCCACCAAGUGAGGGCUAGGGAGGAC